UAAACACCGUGUGCAACAUACGGGUCCCGUUGCUAGAUCAAUAAUAAUCAUGGCUUCUAUUCGAGUCUCUUUAUUCAUUAUUCUCUACAUAUUCUCCGUCGGUCUGACUCUGUUGGUACAUUGCAGACGACAUGAUGAUGAAGAGGAAGAGAAGAAAAAAAUGUCAUGUACAUAUUUUGAUCCACGCAGAUUUCCUGAACCACAGCAUGGUCUGGUUAACUGCUCUUGGUAUGCCCCAAAUGCAUGUUGCAAGCGGACCGAAGUGACAUCUGUGUUCAGUAACAUGUACCCUUUAUAUGGGGCAUCUAAAGCUUGUAUGAACCGUAUGAAUUAUUUAAUGUGCUACUUCUGUAGUCCAGAACAGGGUAUUUGGUACCAUGGUAAAAUGAGUGUAUGUGAAGAAUACUGCGUUGAUAUUUACAAUGAAUGUCGACUAGCUUCCUAUGAAGGAACCUCUAUAGGAAGUGCUUAUGGCAAUGGGACAGCGUUUUGUAAUGCACAGAACUUUGAUGUGGUUGAAGGAACACAUAACUGUUUUGAGUUUGAUCCUCUGCCAUUUGCUGCUGCUAUAUCUCUUACCUCAACAUCCGUCAUAUUAUACACAUGUUUGUGCCUUUCCAUAGUUCUAAGACAUUUCUCUCUUUAAAUCACCUUUACUCCAGUCACAUUUUAUCAUUCUCCAUACAAAAACACUUCCAUCUUAUUCCACUCCUACCCAACCCUUACUCCUACACCACUCCUGCUCUUACCCCACUCCACUCUCCUACUGCUAUUCAUACUCCACUCUUACUUUCCCUCCUUCUUAAUAAUAUGUAUGGUGUCUUCUCUUGACAUUUUGCCUCUUCUUGUUUCUUCUUUUCCUCCUCUUUUUUUUUUUUCACCUUUUCUCCAUCACAUCCUCAACACUUCUCAUUUUUCUCUCUAUCUCUUUGUCUCAUUCCUCUCCCUAUCUCCCUUACUCCUUGCUCCACUUACCAUACAUUCCCUUCUCCUUGAUGUUUUUUCCCCUGCCCACCAUCACUAACCAUUCUCCAACCCUAAGCCACUCCCCCUCACAUGCAUAUACACACUCAAGCACACACACACACACACACACACACACACACACACACACACACACACACUUCCAGUGUUCAUAUGUGCUAGAUAUAACACGAAAGGUUCAUAUUUCAAACAUUGUGUCUGUGGAAGAAAGGACCAGCCCAUAGCCCUCUGCAAGAAUCAGAGGGAUGGGAGGUUCUGCAACACUAGUGUAAAUGCUGUAGUUGUUAUAGAUGUUCAGUGCCACUGUCAUGUGACACAAAUACUACAUUAUAUAUAUUCUAUGCCUUUGUUACGAAGUAGCUUAUAUCUGGCUUAGGCUGAUCUGUGUGUUGUGUGUGUCAUAUGACAUGUGGCACAGCCUGUUGUAUGCCAUUGGAUGUAAUCACAGAAAGCCAUGUGAUGCAACCUGCUGUACGUCAUAGGCUGCGUAUCAUGUGACCAACAUUACACCCAAAGCACAUUGGAGGUAAGGUUGUCAUGUGAUACACAUGUGGUACAUCCUAUUUGUCAUAUUUCCCUUGAUGCAACAUGUGUUGUUUGUCACUUGAUACAUGUAACUUACAUUGACUUCUGUACCAGCUGUCACAUGAUGCAUGUAUUGCUGGCAUCGCAUGUUACACCUAAACUGCUGGCGCACUAAUAUAAAUAAAUUCCGUUACUGACUGUUGUGUGACACAUGUGGCAUUAGCGCCACCGCAUGAUGCCAUUCAUACAUUUUAAUAUUAUUAUUAUUAUUGUUAUUAUUAUUAUUAUUAUUAUUAUUUACUUGCUUCGGCAGUAUAUAUAAAUUGGAACAAUAUCAUUAUUAUUAUUAUUAUUAUUAUUAUUGUUAUAAUAAACAAAGUCGGUUUUGCCUUUCAUCCUUCCAAGGUCAACAAUAUAAAAGUACCAGUCAUGUACAGGGGUUGAUGUAAUUGGCUAACUCCCUCCUCCUAAAUAUCAGGCCUAGUGCCUAUGUUAGAAACAAAUACUCAUACUAUUAUUAUUUUUUUAUUAUCAACACGACUCAUAAAAUAAGGAUGCAGUCAGGUACUUGAGUCAAUUUAAACAAUCGCAUUCUCCCCUCCACAGAAAACUUGUGGCCUUGUGCUUAUAUUACAAAUCACAAUUUUUAUUAUUGUUACCAAUUGUUAUUAUUAUUAUUAUUAUUAUUAUUAUUAUUAUUAUUAUUAUUAUUAUUAUUAUUAUUAUCAUUAUUAUUAUCAGUGGUGGUGGAUGGUAGAGUAGAGUGCCAAUAAAAACCACGUCGUGUGAUUUAGUUAUGUCCCUUUACAAUUUGAGUUCAAAUCCCUCCACUUUCGACUUUGCCUUUCAUCCUUCCAAGGUCGAUAAAAUAUUUACCAUUGAAAUACUGGAGGCGGCGUGUGAUCAAUUAAAUUCUCUCCACCCUCCCCACAAAAUCUGGGGCUUUGUGCCUAAAAAUAGCUGCCAUUAUUAUUAUUAUUAUUAUUAUUAU